AUGGCGACGGACGCCAGGAGACUAGCCACCGGCCUUGUCUUGUUAACGUGCCUGGUAUGGCGGGCAGGCGCAUUUCAGCCAUCGCCUCCAACCGCCAGAGCCAAUGAGCUGACGUCGGGCAUUCCCGGUGAGGCUCCGGAGAACACUGCGGAGGAGCGAGGAAUCGGAGACAUCUCAGAUUACCCUCAUUCAGUGGUCGACGAUGCGGCCGAUAUUAGCGGUGGCACAGUUCCCGAAGGGCCAGGAUCGCCUGCCAGCACAUCUGGGUCUGGGGGUGUCUUCAACAGAUUAUUUAGCAGAUUUCGUCAGGUAAGUGGAUCCACACAAGGCAGGGGAGUCGCCGACGAACCUCAGCAGGGGCCGCGACCGUCACUUCGGGAGAGACUUGCUCAGCACUUCCGCAGGCUGAGGGUCUUGUUUGGGCGCCUUAUGCCGAGGUGGGGCUUUGGAUUCGGUCGCCAUGUAGGCAGGUGGUGGCCAAGGAGGUGGCCGGACCCGCUGUUUCCUUGUAUGGAACCGGGGGAUGAGUUCAUUCGCUACCUGGUUAGAGCGAAGAAAGACCGGAUUGGUUUCUACCGCCGGGGAAUGGUGGAAGGAUACGAGGUGGAGGUUAAAGCUGUGACGGCAGCUAUUUGGCCCCAGAAUACUGCCAGAGAAGUGGCGUCGCUGUUGGACAGAAGAAAAAGGACACUGAGAGUGGUUGGGGCUUUUGGACGAAGUGUUCGAUCUGUCUUGUAUCUGGCGCAAGAUGUGGAGACUCAAGAGCAUAUAGCUGCAGAGGUCUUCACUCUGACCGGCGAGAGUCGAGGGUUGGACCUUCAGCGUGUGCAUGACAACUUGUUUCUCUCAGCGGCGUUUCUUGCUGAGAGCCCUGUGCUGUCAAGGGACAGGAGGCGUCUUUUGCUUCCCUACGAUGCUGUGACAGUUCCGUCUCAACCCCCCUUCGAGGAACUGAAUCCAGGACAGAGCAACUAUCCAGUAGCGAACUAUUUCCUCCUCAUGCCCCCGCCAAUGAUGAGCCUUGAGACGCUCCAUAGAAUAGUCGAUCACGAAGAAUUCCUCACGGGCGACAUCGGCCGAGUAGUACGUAUGGUCUUGACUGCGGAACUCAUAAGAAUUGCAGCAAACAUUCAGAUCCGCGGACUUGUGCACGGACGUAUCACAUCAGAAACCCUUUUCAUUAUGCCUGAUGGCCGCCUGAUGCUGGGGGAUGUAUCCGCGUUGAGGAAGGUCGGAACCCGAGGACCGGUGUCGAGUGUUCCAGUCACCUAUGCCCCACGAGAGUUCUUGUCGAACACAGAGACGGCGGCAUUUACACACGCACUCGAUGCGUGGCAAUUAGGCCUCGUUAUACAUCGAAUUUGGUGCCUCAUCUUGCCUUUCGGACUGGUGACACCUCGAAUGAAGAGAUCAGGGAGGAGGCCAAGCAUGCGUGUUCCAGGACUAGACGUUCUGUCAGUCGAAGCGUGCACGCCAAUGCCCGACGCUGUAGAGAUGCUAGUGAGGCACUUUCUCAAUUUCAACACUCGAAAACGCCUGCUUCCCCUGACAGCCAUGGGGACGCCUGAAUUCCGCCAGCUACAGCUCGACAUAUCCACCAGCCUGUCAUCAAAAUAACUUCCCACUGCACCCUCAGUUGCCCGAGAAGACGGUCCCAGUAACGGCGACACCUCGUGUGACAAAUUUGUACAUGGUAAAGCAGCUGCACGAACAGUGGACCCUGGACGAUAGAACGAGAGAAAACGAUGAAUAUCUGUCUG